AUUGACUAUCAUUUGACAGAAUUGAGGCGUAGGGGGCUUUCGAUCCUCGAAACACAACAUCUUUCUAAAUAUGAAUGUUUCCGUAAAACAACCAGAGACAGGGGGGGCACUUUGUCAUUUAGUUGAGGCUGCAACGGCUUUGGCAAACUUGACUUCUGUCAAUGAAGUCAGAACUGGCGUUACGAAGACUUCGACGGGUGCAAACAGUCCUCCGACUGAUGAGGGCAUGAUUGUCAGUGAUGAAGAAGAGGCUCGAAAGAUAGCACCUAUGGUAUUGUCAAAUUGUAGCAGUGCUGGGACUGGAAACUGUAAGCGCGACAUAUUUCCGCAGCGCCUUCUAGCGAUUUUGAGCGAAUCAUCCCUAUCUGACAUUAUCACUUGGCUUCCACAUGGACGUUCGUUCGUCAUCAUACGUCCCGAUGUGUUUACGGUCAAGAUUUUGCCAAAAUACUUGCCUCCCGUUGAUGCUCGCGGAUCACCCAAGUACGCAUCCUUCACGAGAAAACUCAACCGAUGGGGGUUUCGUCAGGCAACUCGGGGCCCUGACACUGGCGCCUUCUACCAUCCCCUCUUCUGUAGAGAUCAACCAGACCUCUGCUUGGAUAUGGUGUGUCAGCGAUCUCGCGAUCGCAAAGGUGGCGAAUGUGACAAAAAUCGUAGCCAAAGCAAUUUGCCUCCCAAAAAGCGGUCCCCUGAAAUCAAUGAAUCCAUAAACAAAAUCACUCCUCUCACCAAACAGGCUUUGGAUUCUAUGAUGUCGCCAGAACCCUCAUUAAUGAAGAGACCAAAUACAGUAUCGGUCGAUGACAAUCGUUCCGUGGCAUCCGCAUGCAACUCAGCUUCUACUGUGUCGUCAAACCUGUCUCUACCACCGCCUAGAAUAUCCAGCGACUCUUUGCUGGUAAUCGCGGCACUGCAACGGCGUGAUGAAAAUGAGCGUAUCAAGGUUGCGAAAGCUAUGUUAUACGAGUCAUACUUAAAGGCCAAAGAAGGGCAAUAA